GCCCGUGACGCGGAGAAGAGCCUGUGAGGUGGCGGCAGGUCGCGCACGGAAGACGUAUUGCGGUUAAGAGCCUGCGAGGUGGCGGCAGGUCGCAUACGUAACAAUGGACCAAGUCAUUAAGAAAUUCUUCGUUGGCAGACCGAAGCCAACUCCAGAACAACUGAGGGACAGACGAUGGGAUCAAGAACCACUCGUCAAGAGGAGCACUACACCUGCAACGCUGACACUUCCGAUGUUGCUGAUAUUUAUGGUGUCCAUGGCGAUUACAGAGUGUCACAAACAACUACAAUGGACACAAGAACAUAUGCAGAAAAUUAAAGAAGAGCGUGAUCCCUUUGAAAGCUGGCUGGACGGACUGUUUGGGGGAACGGGUUCAUGGUUAAAGCAAUUGCUUAAAGCUCUCGCAGUAGGAUUUGCAAUCUUUGUGUGUAUUCUAAUCCGUCUUCCAUGCUUUGUAGGAUGCUUGCCUUCAACGAAUGAUGGACAAGACUUUUGACUAUCACAUUGAGUAUCAUAGAUUGCGUGAAAAAUUAUAGAGGGGUUUAGGUUGUUGCGUUCGUGCUGUAACGGGGCAAGGCUUGGCCGAGCACGGAAAAGAAUUCCCUGUUGCUCUGAUGAUUGCUUAAGAACUGUAGUAGAAAAUAGUAGGAAUAGUGUGCUGAAAUAUAUUUAGGAUUAGGCGUUUUGCGCUGCUUCGCGAUGUACGGGUUAGGUGUGUGUGUAAGUAGUAUUUAGCUUAGGGAGGGGGAGAUGUUGUAGUAGGCGUCUUGCGGGGGCACGGGAUGUACGGGACAGGCCUCUCCCUAAACAUAGAGAGAUAGUGCUAUCGUGCUGACCUUGUUGCAGAGAAAACAGGAGAAGAAGAAGGAUGAUAAAAGAAUGUGGAAACGGCCAAAUAAGGCACAAUGUUAUCUGGUGUGAACUAAUCAGAGUGGGACAUGACAGCACGGUUAUCUAGGUAAAAUGUAUAUAAGCUGUGUUUAGUAGUGAAUAAACGCCAUUUGCCUCACUUACUCCUGGGGUCUGGGUGAGCAUCUGGCCCCGACCUGGUAAAGGGUCGGUUUCGCCCAGCAGUAAGCCCUACAUGUGGACAGAGGACGAACACCGGACGAGCGAACGGAGACUACAUGCAACACCUUUUUAUUCAACUACCCCCCUCUCCUAAUCUCUGCACGCUUUGGAGAUUUUGUAGCUCAGAAUUCUGAAAUAUCCAUACAACAUUUGUUCUAUGUAAUUAAGAAUAUGUAGAAUGCUAAAAAUACACUAAAAUCAUAUUAACAUAUAGGAAUUCAUUGUACCUUUUGAAUACCUUUCCGCAACUGUAGACUUUGAUAUAAUGUUCCACCUACAUGUAUUGCUAAUAAAUAUACAUUCAGAGAGGAGCAAAUGCACAGUGAUUUAUGAGUCACUGAUAGAAGUAAAAUCCAACACAUUUAUAGUAAUGUAUGUCUUGUUUUGCUUCAUGGGAAAUAGCUGCUUUACAUAUUAAUUAUUUUCAUUUAUAAAGUUAAAACCCAUUUUUUUUUCUCUUUUUCUUUUUUUUCUGCAUGUCAAGCUCUUAAAACCAUGUGAGUGCUGCUUUGAAAGUGAUUCUCCUAUUUUAUUAUGUUUGCUCAUAAUGUCAGAGGUGGAUAUUGGUGAUAUGUCAGUGAAGAGGCUAAACCUUACCACCAAUAUUCUGUUACAUUUUGUUGCUGUGUGACAAGUGGCAGCAGAGGGGAAGUCUGACAAAAGUGGUGUCUGACACAGUGGUGCAUAUGAGGCAAAGGUGUGUCACUGAAUUCCUCCAUGUGGAAAAAAUGACAUCCACUGACAUUAAUCAAUGACUGUUGAGACCAAAACAGUGCAUGUGAGAGCUGAAGCAGAUGGUGCCAUGGUUGCAGUAAUGUGAAAGACAAACCAUGUUCCACACAGCAAUGCACAGUUGUCACAUCAAAAGAUGAAGAGCAAAUUGCCUAAUGAUGGUGACUAUGUUGAAAAAUAGUGUUUUGUAGUUGAGAAUUUCCUCUAUAAUAUCAUGUAAUUAUGCUCUUUGAAUCUGUUGCAGUUUUCAUGGAAAUAAAUAGGAGCUAUU